CUGUGCGCCUGUGUGCGUGCGCAGAGUCGCAGACCAGCAGGCACGGCCACUGCUGCACUCUGGUUUCACCAUACUUUCCUGCCCUCGUCUCUCCUCGGCUCUCUGACAGAGGCAGCUCGGGCUUUUUGCUUCGCUUCGGGAGAAAAAGGGAUCAGCCGGGGGGGCAGCAGAGAGUGGACGGCAGCCUUCCUCUCCCUCCGUUUUCACUCUAUCCACCCCUUUGCUCGCUGACAGCUCCUGGCGGACGUGCAGGAAAGAUGAUAGCGGCUCAGCUUCUGGCCUACUACUUCACCGAGUUGAAGGAUGAUCAGCUCAAAAAGAUCGAUAAGUACCUGUACUCGAUGCGUUUCUCGGACGAGACGCUGAAGGACAUCAUGAACCGGUUCCGCAGGGAGAUGGAGAACGGGCUCGGCCGUGACACCAACCCCACCGCCACCGUCAAGAUGCUGCCCACCUUCGUCAGGUCCAUCCCUGACGGAUCAGAGAAGGGAGACUUCAUCGCUCUGGACCUCGGGGGGUCGAACUUCCGGAUCCUGCGCGUCAAAGUGACGCAGGACAAGAAGCAGCCGGUGCAGAUGGAGAGCCAGGUGUACGAGACUCCUGAUGACAUCAUCCACGGCAGCGGGACGCGGCUCUUCGACCACGUCGCAGACUGCCUGGGAGAUUUCAUGGAGAAGCAAAGCAUCAAGGACAAAAAGUUACCUGUCGGAUUCACGUUCUCCUUCCCCUGCAACCAAAGCAAACUGAAUGAGGCUGUCUUGGUGACGUGGACAAAGAAGUUUAAAGCCAGCGGCGUGGAAGGCAUGGAUGUUGUGAAGCUUCUCAACAAGGCCAUCAAGAAACGAGGGGACUAUGAGGCAGACAUCAUGGCGGUGGUGAACGACACAGUCGGCACCAUGAUGACCUGUGGGUUCGACGAUCAGCGCUGUGAAGUGGGCAUCAUCAUAGGCACGGGGACGAACGCCUGCUACAUGGAGGAGCUGCGUCACAUCGACCUGGUGGAGGGCGACGAGGGCCGGAUGUGCAUCAACACCGAGUGGGGGGCCUUCGGGGACGACGGCUCCCUGGAGGACAUCCGCACAGAGUUUGACCGUGAGAUAGACAGAGGCUCCAUCAACCCGGGGAAGCAGCUGUUUGAGAAGAUGGCCAGCGGGAUGUACAUGGGAGAGCUGGUCCGACUCAUCCUGGUCAAGAUGGCCAAGGAGGGCCUGCUGUUUGAAGGACGGAUAACGCCUGAGCUCCUGACGAAAGGGAAGAUUGAAACAAAGCACGUCUCAGCCAUCGAAAAGAGCAAGGAGGGCCUAAAGAAAUGCAUGGAAAUCCUGACGCGGCUCGGAGUGGAGCCCUCGGACGAGGACUGCCUGGCCGUGCAGCACGUCUGCACCAUCGUGUCCUUCCGCUCGGCAAACCUGAUCGCCUCGACGCUGGGCGGCAUUCUCUCCCGCCUCAAGGAGAACAAGGGAGUCGCACGCCUUCGCACGACCGUCGGCAUUGACGGGUCUCUGUACAAGAUGCACCCUCAAUAUGCCCGUCGUCUCCAUAAGACGGUGCGGCGCUUGGUCCCGGACUCCGACGUCCGCUUCCUGCUGUCUGAGAGCGGGAGUGCUAAAGGCGCCGCCAUGGUGACGGCGGUGGCGUACCGCCUGGCCGACCAGGCGCGCCAGAUCGAGCGGACCUUAGCGGAGUUCCAGCUGACCAAGGUCCAGCUGCUAGAGGUGAAAAAAAGGAUGAGGACAGAGAUAGAAAGAGGCCUGGGGAAGGAAACCCACAAGGAGGCCACCGUCAAAAUGCUGCCCACCUUCGUCCGGAGUACACCAGACGGAUCAGAGAACGGGGAUUUCCUCGCUCUGGACCUCGGAGGGACAAACUUCCGCGUGCUUCUGGUAAAGAUCCGCAGCGGCAAGAGACGGACAGUGGAGAUGCAUAAUAAAAUCUACGCCAUUCCCAUAGAAGUCAUGCAGGGCACCGGAGAAGAGCUGUUCGACCACAUCGUGUACUGCAUUUCUGAUUUCCUGGACUACAUGGGGAUGAAGAGCGCCCGUCUGCCCCUGGGAUUCACCUUCUCCUUCCCGUGCCAUCAGACCAGCUUGGACGCAGGUAUUCUCAUAAACUGGACCAAAGGCUUCAAAGCCACCGACUGUGAGGGCGAGGAUGUGGUGGAGCUUCUACGGGAAGGAAUCAAAAGGAAAGAGAUGGAGGAUCCAGAGUUUGAGCUGGAUGUGGUCGCCAUAGUGAACGACACAGUGGGGACGAUGAUGACCUGUGCGUAUGAGGAGCCCACCUGUGAGGUGGGGCUGAUCGCAGGGACGGGCAGUAACGCCUGCUACAUGGAGGAGAUGAGGAACAUCGAGAUCGUGCAGGGAGACCAGGGCCGCAUGUGCGUCAACAUGGAGUGGGGGGCGUUCGGAGACAACGGCUGCCUGGACGACAUCAGGACGCAGUACGACCGCGCCGUGGACGAGAACUCGCUCAACGAAGGCAAACAGAGAUAUGAGAAGAUGUGCAGCGGCAUGUACCUGGGAGAGAUCGUCAGGAACAUUUUGAUCGACCUGACCAAGCGCGGCUUCCUGUUCCGGGGACAAAUCUCCGAGACGCUGAAGACCAGGGGCAUCUUCGAGACCAAGUUCCUGUCCCAGAUAGAGAGCGAUCGUCUGGCGCUGCUGCAGGUCAGGGCGAUCCUGCAGCAGCUGGGGCUGGACAGCACCUGCGACGACAGUAUCAUCGUCAAGGAGGUGUGCGGCACCGUGUCCCGCCGCGCCGCUCAGAUCUGCGGAGCCGGAAUGGCGGCCGUGGUGGACAAGAUCCGUGAGAACCGAGGGCUGGACCACCUGGAGAUCACCGUCGGGGUGGACGGCACGCUGUACAAGCUGCACCCACACUUCUCCAGAAUCUUCCAGCACACAGUGAAGGAGCUGGCCCCCAAAUGUGAGGUCACCUUCCUGCUAUCGGAGGACGGCAGCGGCAAGGGCGCCGCCCUCAUCACAGCCGUGGGCUGCCGCCAGAGAGAGAUGGACGCACAGCAGCAGUGAGGAGCUCCGCCCUGCCUUUCGGCCUCGAAAGCGAUUUUGCUGCUCCACGUUGACCUUCACCCGCCGCACAGCCCCAUCUCGCCAUCAUCGCCCCUUGGCAGCCGUGACUCCACCUCCGCCCCAACUGGCCCCGCCCACUGCCAGAGAGACGUGCUGAACGCAUAAGGAAUUAUAACUGAAUAGCCUAAAUAUUUAUUUAUACCACACCAGAGGGUUUAUUAUUUCAAUGUUUGUACAUUUUCCUCAGUAGCUUGUUGUCAAUAAUCUGCUAAACCUAAACUCCUUAGGUGUGGAGUAUUUGUGUAUUGCUAACUUUAUUUUUAUAUGGAGGCAAAUAUAUAAUUGUAUUUAUAUAGCGAAGGCCACUUUGAAUCCCAGAGGUCAUUAGGAUUUUGCACCACAGACACGAAAAAAAUUCCUCUGUACUUUUUAUAUAUUAGGGUUACAAGAGCAGCAUUUCAAUGUCACCUCCGAAUGGAGGAGCUCCUUCGCUGAAUGCAUUUUUACAGGCGCCACUGGUUCGCUAAACCGUUUUUUUUUUUUUUUUUUUUCUCCAAAAGGGCUCGCUGCAUAGGGUUGAAUGCAAGAGUCACGGCUGUUCAAAUCAUCCUCAUUUUAUGUACCACACACACACACACACACAUAAACACACACA